CAACCGAUUCAAUAAAUGCAUCCAUGGAUUUAUUUAUUACCUCUCAGUUCCAAAUAGAUUACAAUUUACAACCUUAAGAACAGUAAUAACAAAGGCUUGCAUUUUCUCUCAACAUAUAACAAAAACGAAAAAUGAGUUCCAAAGUUAGGAACUGUAAUAAGGAGUUGUUUGGCUUGAUGUUCAUCAUCAUCAUCAUCAUCGUACUCUGUUUUAACAAGGUUGAAGCUGCUACUAACAGUAGUACUAGCAUUACUCCUUCAGAUGUGGGACAGAGGAUUCAUUGCUACGUCACCAAUUGGCUUCCGGACAACGUAUAUCCCCUGAAAUUACACAUCUGGUCAAGCGAAGAUGAUCUGGGCUACCAAUAUCUGAAUCCAAACCAAUCAUUUUAUUGGACUUUUAAGAUCAACAUUGGGGCUUCGACCUCGUUCAGGGGUGAGUUCUGGUGGGCUGAGAAAGAUGCGAGCUUUGUGACUUAUGAUGGCCAUGUGAAUGAGUAUUGUCAUAAAACUGCUGUGUGUGUUUGGAUGGUUCAACCAGAUGGGUUUUAUAUCACCAUGAGGAGAGAUCCCAGAGACGAUGAUCUCAAAUGGUUAAACGGCUGGCGGACUCCGGCCGCCACCGGUGACCGUACCGAUUUAAUUUGAUGCCCGGCCUCCGGCGAGCAUCUAAAAUGUGUUGUUUGUAUGUCCUUGUUUUUCUUCAGUGGGUGAAGUACUAAAAAACAGAACGAGUAUAAUAAUAAUAAUUAAAGUGACGAUGAGUAUCAACAUCUUUACGGUUUCAGAAAAAUCACCAAUCAAUAGCAGUUCUAGUUCAAUCCGAUGGAUAAAUAUUCACUAGGAUUACAUUAAUCACACUAUAGAGAGACUAGAACUUUUAGCAAUUUGACCGAUGUGAAAUGAAUCACAUACUCUGUAUUUUAAAGUACAACAUAACUUUGAUUGGAUCAUUAUAAUCUAAAAAUUCUAUCAAAAGCAGAACAACCAAAAACAGAGUAAUGCACAAAAGCAAAAGCACUUUCCUAUAGAAUGAAGAGUCCAAUCACCCAGUGGCGAGGAAGAUGCUACUACCCUACUCGUUUCCCUUUACAGAAAGAACUUCCUCCAAAUAGAAAACCGCGUUUUCUCAGUUAGAACAUACAUUUUCCUUUCCUUU